UUAAUCAACCAUAACUAGAAAUUUUUGCUAGCAUUAAAAAAGACAAUUAUAUCUGUAACAUAAAUUUUAAAUAAGAUGUAUCAGUAAUAAAACAUAAUAGCAGUAGUAGUGAGUAAGCGUUAAUUAAAAAUUAAUAAUAAUUCAUUAAUCGUGCGUAAAAUAGAAGUUAUAAGUGAGGUGUUACGGUGGUUUACGAUUCUGUUAUCGAUUUUCGACGUUACUACUCCCGGACAGCUGUUUUGAGGAUCCGAAUGGAACACGCUAGAACGCGACUGUUUCGUUAAUUUUCCUGUUUAAAAUCGAUUUCUAGCGUUUAGGGAUAUGUUAAUUUGUCUUUAGAACGAAUUUUUGAAGACAUAGACUCAUUUGGAAUACACUUAAUUUCGUUUAUUUUUAGAAAAAAUCGGAUUACCAAGUGAAGUGUUGUGAAUAACCUGCAUAAUUUCAGUGUUUACAAAAAAUUAAGUGAUUUAUAAUCUGUUUUUAAACAGUGAACGUGAAUAAUUGGAAAAUAAUUGGAAAGGGAGGUGUAGUGAUAUACGAAAAAUUAGUUAUUACUGUGCCAUUAUAUUUGGAUUCUUUUCGUGGAUGUGGAUUUAAACCUGCUAAUAAGGUGGUGAGGUGGUUCAUCACGUGGGGCGAUGCUGGGCGGGGCGGCGGGGGGCGCCCGCUCCCGCCCGCCCACUGACCUGCACCAAGGUGUCACGAGAUUUCCGCUCUAUUCCUUAUUUCCUACGCACCAGGGUGGCAGAUCUACACAAAUACAUAAAGUAACGGAGAGUUUGUAUUCCACAUCGCUGUCGACGUUCGGCGUGCCAACGCCGCCCCCCAACUCUCCUUACUCUCCGCUGCAGUUGGAGCUGCUCAACUGCGCGCAACGCGUGCUUCUCUCCGAGGAGUCCAGCAGAAUGGAAGAGGCUAAACUGGGCAAGUGUCUCUCCGAACAACUCUGCUGCCCAGACGCGAUGAUGCAACCACUCACAAUCAAGACUGAGCAAGCCAAGCGGUCAUGCAACACUUGCCUCACUAACUCGCCAAAAAAGGUGAUGCACACAGACGGCGGCUGUAGUCGAACUAACCCCGUGACUUGGGUGGGUGUCGCCGGCCAGAACGUUCAGGUGCAGGUCAAACGUGAACCACAGCACAUGCACGUCUCCGAACUAGUGGCUGUGAAGCUAGAGCAAGCUUCACCCGGGAAUAAGCCGGAACCGCCGCCCGGUAUACCUACAAGUAUGAACAAUGGUUCGAUUCCCGUCGGAAUAGCGGUGGCUCGGCAAAGGGUAGGCGACGCGGGCCUCCUUGCUGCGCUUUCACAGAAGGACAGUCAAAGGUUACACGAUUUAGACGCGGCGCAGGCGGCCAUGACGGUGGGCGUGGCCAACGUGCUCUGCGACGACCGCCCCGCCCCGCUGGCGUGGCCGACCCCCGCGCCCGCACCCGCGCCGCCCCUCUGGCAGUACCCCGCCCAAAUGUCAAUGGAAAGCAUGAUGGUUGGUGGUGUGGGCGGCGUGGGCGUUGGUUCCGUGGGCGGAGGUGUGUCAUCCAUGGGCGGCUUCCAGCUCGUCCGCGAACCUUCAUCGGGUGCCCUAUUGCUGCUACCCGCGCCUCCAGACCUGCCACACGCCGUUGUUUGGGGUGGAGUACCAUACUCCUCCGGGCCUCUGCUCUUACCACCCGCUCCGCACCCAUCACACCAUCUACAACUUCUACCAGGCGACCUCCUCGCGUCUACUGCGACACUGCAACACACGCACACCCAUUCAACGCGUCUCGUCACUUUAGCCCCAGCUCCUCAACCUCAACAGCAUCCCCCGCAUCAAGUAGACAAAAGAAAAUCGAUGCAACCACUUAUAAUGCCACACACGUUAAUAAAAAUCGAACCGGAGCCCCCGCAGGAGAAACCGCCGCCAUUCGUACCCGAACCCGUUCAACAGCCAAUUCUAACUACUCAUCUUUACUACCAGCCCGAUUACAACGACCAGGGGUGCAGAAGUCAAGCAACUUCUCCCGCGGCUCCGCCGACGCCACCUCCUGAGGCUUCUGAACUCCCGGCCCACAGAGAUGCGUCCAACCAGACGGAUCAUGUAGACGAUGAAGACGAUUCCCCAAAUCACGCAGAUGAAGAUGAAAGGGAUGUAGCAUGCGUUGGCGUUGCGCAUUUUCCAGAAGAAUCACAUGUCAUGCAGAUGUCAUGUCAAUCACUACAUCCGCAAUUGAUAGACAGUGCAGAAGAAUCAUCUUUAGAAGGUCUCGGUGGUUCGGUCAGUGCCGUGGAGAAAGCAAUUGACGCAAUGGAAAGAGAUGAAACAAUAGAUAACUCGAGUAGCGUUGGUUCACAUGACUUGGUUAUAGAUACGGCCAGGACGUCUACACCGACUCCGACGUUGACGCAACCGCAAACGAGAAUGCCCGUCGAUGUCAGUGGUUUGGAGCUUUUAUCGAACAGCAUUGAACAAUUCGAACGAACUACACCCGGGAAUAUUAGUAUGCCCAGCUUAGAUCCUAUGCCUUUAACGAUUGAUACGAGGACAUCUAGCAAGUUAAAUAUUUUAAUCAAAAUGUCGCCAAAAUCCCCUCCACGCAUGGAUCUAGAACAGCAUAGAAGGUUCGAGUUCCCGGUUGUAGAACAAUUGAAUGAACAACAGAAACCUUCGCUCGAUGGACUUGGACUGCUGUGUGCUUUAGCCGAACAGAGGUUUAUGGAGGAAGUUGAGGAAAGUCCACAAACUAAUCUGCCUUCCACCUCACGGCCGUUUAUCAAAUCCGAACUACUGAGUCCUACUACUGACAGAGAGAGGUCGUUGGAAUCUAAAAAAGACAAACACAGACACAGAGACGACUCUUCUAGUGAACGGAGGAGAAAGAGAAGCGGUGAUAGGGAGGAAAGAUUGCGGCACAAAUUAGAAAAAAUGCGGCGGCAUAAACGCGAAAGGAAGGACACUGACGAAGACGGCGGUGAGCUGGAAGCGAGUUUACGACGUGUGACAGCAUGCACUUGUGGAUUACCAGACUGCACUCACGGGCAUGCAGUUCCUUCGGCUCAAGCACUCGUCAAUGCUAUUGAGAAAGACAUGCGAGAACGAUUACAGGACUUGCAACGCCAAUGUGACGAAAAACGAGCCCAAUUAAACGCCCUAACACCACCUUUACCACCAAUUUCGACACCUCCAACGCCGUGCACUCCCGCUCUCUCCCCAGAUUCAGAUAGAGGGUCAUCGAAAAAACGGAAGGUUGGCCGACCGAGGAAAGUUUCAAGCCCAGACUCAACCGAAACAAUCGUGGCUAAGAAGCCCAAAUCCAAAAGCACCUUAGUUGGCUACUUGUUAGCAAAAGGCAAACUGAAAGGCAAUAUUCUUUACUCGAAAGGCGAACCCUCGAGGGAAGAAAUAAACAGAACAAGUAAAGUUCGUCCCAAAUUGAAAGCCGAACCUAUUGUGAAGACGUAUUCAGAAGAAGAGGAACAUGAUUGGGGCCUUAAUAGAUCAGCAAGUUCUUCAAUGGAGAGUUUAAAUGAAGUUCGGCAGAAAAAUCGGGAGAAAGUAGACCGACUGGCAAGAAAGCAUUCUAGAGACGAUAUGUCUGAGAUAGAACUGGCGAUUAGAAGAGCGAGUGCGUCGAGUGAUAGCGAUAAGGAGCGACGGCGUGCGAAAAAGAGACGGAAGAGCACUAAAUCUAAAGAAAGACCUGAAGAGGAAAAUAAGGAAACGCCACCCGAACCCGCUCCGCAAACUCAACCUACAGCACAAACUCAACCUCAACCGCAACCGCAACCUCAACCAAUUUCUAACUGUACUCUGACCGAAGACAAAUUAGAUUCAUCCCCUAGGGUACUGACCGCGCGGGGUGGUUUGUUCUACGCGGGUAAACUGAGCGCAGUGCAGGCGCCGGAUGUGUAUGCUAUAACUCUUGAUGGCGAGAGAGGAAAUAAACCGCACAUAUUGUCCAGAGAGGAGACUUUGAAAGACGCUAUCCUGGAAGUGACUCCAUCUUCGGUAUCUGAACUACCAUCUGGUGCCCGGGUCUGCGCAUACUGGUCUCAGCAAUACCGCUGCUUGUAUCCUGGUACUGUCGCUGUGUCAUCCCCAGACCCUCACGACGAGAAGUUUGUUGCCGUGGAGUUUGAUGACGGAGACUCGGGGAGGAUAGCUAUCGAGGAUAUUCGAUUUUUGGAGCCAAAUUAUCCCGUUGUUGAAUACGAAAACACAUUGUUCACACUCGGCAAGCGAAGAAGGAACACAAGCGUUACAGAAGAGAAGAAGACAGCUCCUUCAACAAGCACUGAAGUUAAAACGGAACCUCUACCAAAUCCACCGUCCCAGACGGAGAGCCAGAACGAGGAAGAGAGACAUAGAGAUAGGAAGAAACUAAAGAAGCUCCGUAAAGAGAAAAUGAGAAGACUAACGAGCGAAGAAGACCCAGCAUCGAUGGAGUACGUGAAAAAGAAAAAGAAAAAACAUAAAUGCUGCGAGGAACACUGCAAGCAUAGAAAGCAUCAUAAGAAACACCACAGAAAACACAAGAAGAGACACCAUUCUGGAUGCAAAGACCACUCAUCAUCGUCUGGUGAUGAUCAAAGACAAAAAUCGUCAUCCGAUUACAUAGACUCGAAUAAAUCUAAUGAAGAUUCCGUGGAUUCAAAUGAUAGGUUAUCAACUUUAAUAGCAGUCGAAAAAUCGCCAGAGGAGAAGAUGAAAACAGUUAUUAAGAAAGCAGUUUUGUCAAAGAAGAGUUUGGUUAAGAAUGCAGUGUUAGAUUUCAGCAAUUUGAGCAAGAUCGCUUUAAAGAAGGACACAGAAAAUAAGGAUAAUUUGAAGGACAGUGGGAUUGGGCUAGAAGAGGAAACACCGGCACCGUCUACUUCUGCCGUUGAAGCAUCUAAAAAGAAGACAAAAAGGCGGACGGUUUCUUCGACAUCAUCCGACGGUGGUGGCGGUGGUGGGGUCAGCAAAAUGGCGGCCUUCCUACCAGGAGGCGCGUUGUGGCGGUGGCACGGACCUGCCUACCGGCGUACCGCUAAACCAAGACUACGCAAGCUCUUCUAUAGGGCUAUACAACGUGGAGAGGAGGUUUUGAAUGUGGGCGAUGCUGCAGUAUUCCUUUCAACGGGGCGUGCUGAUCGGCCGUAUAUCGGUCGUAUAGCGGCGCUGUGGGAAGCGCGUGGUGCCAUGGCGGUGCGAGUGCACUGGUUCUAUCACCCUGAGGAGACAGCUGGCUGCGAAAAACUACACUACCCUGGUGGUCUCUUUGAAUCUCCACACACGGACGAGAACGACGUACAGACGAUAUCACACAAAUGCGAGGUGCUACCGCUUCUGCAGUACAAGGAGCGCAUGGGUGACGACCCGGUCAAGUACAGUACCGUGUACGACAACAACGACGUGUACUACCUCGCGGGACACUACGAUCCAACGCAGCAAUCCCUGAGAAUGGAGUCAGACAUACCGUUCGCGACAAAUCCCACCUCUUAAGGAGUUAUUGUUGCCUGGUACUGUGAAUGCGUGUCGCACACGACUCACGAAUCGCAUGGCUGCAUUUUUAUACGAAUGACGUCAUUAGUCAAGGUGUCUUUUAAAUUUUUAUAUCGGUAAACGUAGCACGGUGUUAAAAUAAAAUUAUUUUGUAUGUAUAUCAUACAAAAUGGAGACUUUGCACUGCAAUGACACCCAUUGUUGCCAUAAUGCAGUUGUGAUACAUAAACAUCGUGUACACGUUUUUUGGCUAAUAAUCCCAUAGAAAUAACACCUAAGAAAAAUUUUAGUCCGUGCGAUCCGUGCUUGUGCGAAUAGUUGGAUUAAAGUGUUAAACUUUACACUAUUAUGAACGAAUAAAACGUUUUGUGAAUAUGAAUUUACAUUACAAAACUUACAGUGCAUUUGAACUGUCUUGAUCAUUGAUCAUUUUCUUAAUUAUUAUAUGAACUAGUAGUAUUAGAUUUCUAUAUUUUAUAUUAACGCAA